AUGCGGGCGGCGGGGCCGCUCCGGGACGGCGGCUCCGCGGGCAGCGCUGCCCGCUCUCCGCGGGGUCCCCGGGGCCGCCGCCGGGUGCGGCCGUCCUUCGUGGACGAGUCGCUGUUCGGUCACCCCGCCGGGGCCCGCCCGCCGCCACCCGCCUUCCCUCCGCCCUGGGCGGCUCCGUCAGCCGGCGGCUCCCGGCCCGGCGGUCCGUGCAGGCCCCGCAGCCACGCUCCGUCCUACUGUGACGAGACCCUGUUUGGUGCCAAGCCCCCGGGUGCUGCCUGGGCAGCUCCGCGGAUGAGGAAGGAGGAUGUGGCCAAGCUGCAUUCGCUGCUCUGGAGCCCCCCGCCUGCCCCCCGGAGCCAGCCUGGCCUCUCCGCACACUGCACGGGCACUCCCCUGCGAGCCGUCCACCCCCCGGCCUCCGCUCCUCCGGCCACGGCCGAGCCCGGCCGCACGGACACGUUGUGUGGCUGGAGGCAGCCCGGGAGCGAUGCUUGCCCCAAAGGCUGGGGUGCUCCUGGCAGAGGGCGUUCCCAGUCUGUCAGCCGGCUGAGCACCCCUCCGGACAGGAUUCGCCUGCCUUCCAGCCUCGGCACAGACAGGUGGAAGAACCAGAGCGCUCCAACCACCCCUGCUGCCCCGCAGGGCACUGUGGUGAGGGCUCGGUCCAACAGCGUGUCCGGAUCUCCUGUGCUCCGCAGUGCCAAGGCAGCAGGGGGCUGCAAAGCCAGACCCCCCUGGAAAUGAUGCCAGGCGUCCCUCUGGAUGUACAUAUAGCCUUAGUCUGCCUGAGGCCUCCCUGUCACCAAGCCCAUGAGGACCCUGGGCUUUUCUGUGGCUGGAAACGAAGGAUGGGGCUGUUCCACGCUGGAAGACAAGCCGGGAGCCAAAGGUAUUGAGAGACUGCUCUGAGCACCCCACAAAAGGUUCUCUUCUCCAGGAAAUGAGCUCCAUCCCUCUGCCUCUGUGCACAGGAUGUGCCUUGGUGUCUCCUGCUGUCCUUGCUUUGUGUCACCAACGCCUCCUCUGACAAAGCAGGACAAGGGAGGACGAGCACUGAGGUGAGGAAAGCACUGCCCUGUGUCCUGCUGGCAGUGGGAUGGUCCCAGGCUGGAUGGGGUUUGUGACAGAGAAGGAUUUGCAGGGAUUUUGGCAGCUCGUGGUGGUGAGGAGGUGCUGAGUAGAUCCAUAAUUGUGUGGCUGGUGCUGAGGGCUGUGAGGUGCUCACAGCAGUGCCACAGCGUCACCAAAUAAGCGCUCCGAGACAAACCUGGGAUGUGUGGGAUGCUGCUGAGUGAUCUGGGCACCUCCAAUGCUCCUCCACUUCCUUUGCUGAGGUGGGAAAGAGCAGCUCUGUCUGUGUGGAGGUGGAUAAAGGACAUGGGGUGGGGGACCUGGGGUUUGCAGUCACUGCUCCCUGGGGAGGGAGGCUGCGGUGAGGAGCUGCUGAGGUUGCUGGGCGUUUGGUAACUCCCAUGCUGAGGGAAACACUCAAAUUCACCCAAGGACACACCAAGCCAGGUUAAGAGCAUCAUUCUGCCCCCAGAAAUGAUUUUAUUGCACCCUGACCAGCAGCAGGAUCAGGCCUUGACACACUCCAGCACGUGGAGCUGGAACCAGCACUGAGUGGAAUUCCUGCUCAUUUCUUGGCCUGAUAGGAAGCAAGAAUAACCUGACGUUAUUGAAACCUGAGAAGGUGAGUGAGGAUGUUUGUGAUUAGCUCCAAGCUCUCAAAUCUCCCUGUGCUUCCCAUUGAGGCAAUCCAGCAGCUCUUCUCCACCUGGGGUAAAAUCGGAGGGACAUGAAAGAAUCGUGGCUUUCUCAGAGGAGGGGUUGGGAGUGCUGCUGUCAAUCCCAGCCUGAUCAGCUGCCUUUGGGAUGUGGGCACAGUGACGGGCAAGCUGUGGGGGCUGCAGGUCUCACUGGGCUGGGAGAGAAUCCAUUUGAGAGAUUUGGACACUAGGUGGAGACAAGAGGGUUGAGGAAGGAGCAGGAAUGCUGUUCCCCAGCAGCAGGUGGGAGAUCCAGCCAGGCGGGCCCUCAGCAAACUGAGGGAACUGCCCUGGAAUCUAAGCAGCAGAGAAAUGAACCAGCACAAUCUUGGAGAGUCCUUGGGAGGGGAAGCAUCGUAAAAUAAGGAGAGAUUUUAUCUGAAAAUCAAGUUGACAGAUGCCUGUGUUGGCAGGAUUGGCCGCUUUACCCCCACUGCUGUGCUCGGGGCCCAAGGAAUCAGUGGGGUAACUAGAGCCCAUCUUAUCAGCCACACUUUCCUGUCCCACACUGGCCCAGGUAAUCACCAAGGGCUUCAGGAGGUCAGAACUGGCACUUCUUGCUAUUUACACGUGAGGACAAUGUUGCUUAAGUAUAAAUGGGUUGUUUGCAUUUUGUUCUGUGAUUCUCACUCACAUUGGUGCUUUACUGUUGCCCUGUCCUCUUGUUCUGCCAGAGCUGUGCAGCCCAGCGUGAGAGCAAAACCUGCUCUGUUACUGCUGGAACUGGUGCUUGUGUGGAAAAAACCCACAUUAAAUCUGAAUAAAACGAGGUGGGGGGAAUGUCCGGUUGUUUCCU